AUGUAACUUUUUAUUAUACAACUGAACAUUAAAGUUAAUCCUCUUUUCUGCUUAAUAUAACUUGCAAUUUCAAACAUGUUUUGUCUUCAUUUCUGAUAAACCUUUGGUUGGAAUAGAUAGCUUUGCUUUCCUGCUGGUCCCUUCUGGAAGUAUUCCGUUAUCUUUAAAUACUUGGGAGCAUACUCCUUAGUUAAAGGAACUCCAGCUUGCAUUCUUUGGCAAAGUGAAGAUUUUGUUAAAUAUGCACUCCCUACUAUUUAUCUUGAAAUCUCAGAGUUUUCUACCUUAGGGUUUUUGAAACUUGGAAACACCUGUACAUUAACUCUUUGUUCAAGUCUCCCUCAUUAGUCAGUAGACCGAUUUUGCUCCAGAUGUUAUCUCCUCCACACAUUUACAAGAUAGGAAACUCGUUCCCAGUCAUGUGUAUUUUUUUUCUGAGAUACUACUUUGAGUCAUUAUUUUUAAAGAUUGUGAAUUAGAAUAAUUUAAAGAGAGAACAUGGACUUAGUUUUGUUCCAAUUAAUGUUUGGGAUUCAAAGAAUCAUGAGAGAAAUUAUUUAAAUUAUUGCAUUCAGCUUGAAGAGACCCAGUGAAAGUCGAGUGUGCCUUCCAGGUUGCACACACCUUUCCUUGCCCUAUUCUCUUUCCUUGAGUCCUGCCUCAGUUUUCCAAACAUAGAGAUGCUGAGAGAAAGCGGUAGCCAUGGUUACCACAGUGAAGGAAGUCUCAGAGAGAAGGAUGGAAUCGUAAUUUUAAAAUCUGGAACCAUUGGUUUUUGUUUUUGUUUUUAAUAGACUUGCCUCCAAGUUGAGUGAUGAUAGUUUUUUCAGUCUGGCCUUGUUUAUUCACAAAUUGCAGCCUCAGGAAACCGAGUGAAGAGCUCCUUCUUUGUUGCUGCUGCUGUUGUCUCUGGAGCCCACCUAGUGACUGUGAUGAUGAGCCCCACCGGCUGUGGAAGCUGGCUGAGAAGGGGACCUCGGGGCCCGAUCCGACCACCGUCUACGUGGACAUGAGAGCUCUGAGACACGACAGAGUCCGUUUAGUAGAAAGAGGAUCUCCUCAUAGUUUGCCCCUAAUGGAAUCAGGAAAAAUACUUCCAGGGGUUCGGAUCAUAAUUGCCAAUCCAGAAACAAAAGGACCGUUGGGAGACUCACACCUGGGUGAGAUCUGGGUUCACAGUGCCCACAAUGCCAGUGGUUAUUUCACUAUUUACGGAGAUGAAUCCCUCCAGUCAGAUCACUUCAACUCAAGAUUAAGUUUUGGAGACACACAGACCGUCUGGGCACGAACAGGCUAUUUGGGGUUCCUGCGGAGAACUGAACUCACUGAUGCAAAUGGAGAGCGCCACGACGCCCUCUACGUGGUGGGGGCCCUAGAUGAGGCCAUGGAGCUGCGCGGCAUGAGGUAUCACCCGAUAGACAUUGAGACCUCCGUCAUCAGAGCCCACAAAAGCGUCACGGAAUGUGCUGUGUUCACCUGGACAAACUUGCUGGUGGUUGUGGUUGAGCUCGACGGGUCCGAGCAGGAAGCCCUGGACCUGGUCCCCCUGGUGACCAACGUGGUCCUGGAGGAGCACUACCUGGUGGUGGGGGUGGUGGUGGUGGUGGACAUCGGCGUCAUCCCCAUCAACUCCCGGGGGGAGAAGCAGCGCAUGCACCUCCGCGACGGCUUCCUGGCCGACCAGCUGGACCCUAUUUACGUGGCCUACAACAUGUAGACGCUCCCAGAGGCAGGCCAUCUGCUCAGUGUCGCGAGUGUGCAGACGCCAGGGCGAGUUUCCGAGCGGAGCCUUUGCCAAGUGGUGGGGAGGAGACUUUCCACUCGUCCUGAUCGGCACGGGGAUGAGACGAGAAAUGUGAAGUUUGCUCAGAAGGACUUUGUGUUACUGCCUUCAGUUCGUUGGAAAAGCCCAUUUCAAAAACUUUUUCUUUUUUUUUUAAUUAUUGGAUAAUAAGUGCUUUCUUCGUAAAUGUGGUAUUUUGUUAAGCCAAAAUAGCAAUUAAAAAAAUAUUCUGCCCUCCAGAUGGGUUCUUUUAAACAAUUUAUGUAGUGUAACAAAGAAUUGUUUUCUCUGUUUUAAUGUGUCAUGAAAUCUUAAUGCCAUGGACCUGCUACUAAUUUAAGCCAUUGCUGGAGCUCAUCCUUUUAGGACAGUUUGUUGAGGUACGAGAAAACCUUCCAAAUAGCACCUUCCAAUUAGAUUUUAGCAGCUUUCUUUGUCAGAAAUGUGCUGAAGAAACAGGCUAAUAAUCGGCCUUUGAAUUUUAGCAUGGAAUGAGAAGAAAUUAUAAAUAAGGUGUAUUUCGGCAAUUACCUUGCAGAUAUCUUUGUACUAAACUAAAAUGAUAAAAUAAGUUAACUUCUUAUGUAAUUAUGUACAAAACGUUUAAUUUAUUUUGAUCUCUUUAGAAGUAUAACAGAGAAAACAUUCAAGAAUAUUAAAGUCUUGUAAUGUUUGCUAAUAUAAAAAGUGUUGUAUUAUCUUGCGUGGAUAGCAUCACAACAAAUAUAUAUAUAUGAAAUAUAAAUUCACUAAGAACAAAGGAGAUUUUAAAGUUUAAAACGCAGAACCUGUCACUUGCAUGGCGUCCCCUCCACUGCACUGUAGAUAGACUCUCGCCCGUUGCUGGUGUGCGCGGCCAGACGGCCAGCAGCACAGUCGGAACCUUUCCUCUGGAACCAGAGACCAGCAAGUGGCGCUGUCGCCUCAGAGGUGGCGGAUCGGAGCUGGACGUGCACUUUUCCCUCUGCUGCGGGGUCUCGACGGAUUGUCAGUGCCGCGUGCCCACCGCACUGCACGGCCUGGGGAGCAGCUGGCCCACAGCACGCGCUCCCUCGGCCGCAAGAAUUCAUUGCACAAUGUUCCCAUCAUUUUUGUUUGUGUCACCUUUUUUUGGUCCUCGGUAUGAAAAGGAGUGUCAUUCUGUGGUCAUUUGCAGCGGGUUGUGCUGACUCCCUCAGCGGCUUUAAGGGAAGAUACUCACCAGGGAGGGGGUCGUGCCCGGGGAGCCGCCCCCACUGCCGGGACAACAGAGCCACUGGCUGGGGCAGGAGGCCCCCAACGCCCCCUCUUCUCCCCCACACCCCCCACCCCCGUCACCGCACCUC